UAAACUUUUUUGAAGGUGGGAGGGUCCCUUUAAUCCAAAGCGCCUUUUUCGUGUCUCAUGUUUGCUCGUUUAUUGCGGAGGCCUAUAUAUGCUUCAAGAUGCUGGAAAAGGAUCACUUCCAAGUAAUCUGGAAGGCUGAUGCCAAGUACAUCUUGUGCGAGAAGCUUGAUAUGAUUCCUGACCUGGAACCGGAGUUGAUGGAGGGCACCACUGUGGCCUACCGAUGUCCGGCGUCAAAGGAAUCGGCCCUGCAGUGGAUUCAGCUGUACCAAGAGGCCGCCAACAUCACCCUGACGACGUACGACUCCAUGUCGAAUGGCCAAAGGGUGGUGUACUGGGCCAGGCUUCGUUGUCACCACGACGUCCCAGAAAAGCCGAGUCGUCCGAGGAAAAACCAAUCCGCCAAGGACACCGGGUGCCCCCUGCGCCUGAAAGUGACUGUCGCCAACAUUCCAAAACGGAAUAGGUCUACAGACCCAUGCGCGGCUUACGAGCUACGGGUGACAUGUAACAAGAAGCCCCACAACCACGCCGUGGACAACGCUGCCGCUCUGAGACAUCGACGCGUCUCUGAGCUGACGAAGGCCCGGCUGAUGGAGCUGUUCCAGCACCACCACUCGCCCUCCACGGCGCUGGAGACCCUGAAACUACAGCUUCAGGAGGAGCAUGGGAGCGCCUACCCGUCGGUGGCCGCAGACCGAGCCAUUGUCCCAGAUCGGAUGGCCGUCUACUACCUGUACUACAAGCACUGUCGGGAGCGUUACCCAGCCUCGACCCAGGAGGAGACCAUGGACCUCAUCCGCCACAUGAAGGACGUCCGCACGGCGGUCUCAGUCGAGGACGGCGAGACGGUGAUCGCGGCGGUGACGCCGCUGAUGGAGCGCGUCCACACGCUCCCCGACGCGGGAGAGGUGGUCUUCGUCGACGCCUCAGGAGGGAUGGACCGGCACGGCCAGCGCGUCUUCCUGCUGAUGUGCUGGAGCCCGGCCGGUGGUCUGCCUCUCGGUGUCAUCGUCUCCACCUCGGAGACCGAGGCCGUGGUGGACAAAGCCUUCCGGCUGCUCGUCGGGAUUUUACCAGACGGCGCCUUUGGCGGGCGUGGAAGGCGCGGCCCUCUGUGCUUCAUGACGGACGACUGUCAGGCCGAGCGGAACGCGCUGUCGGCGGUGUGGCCUGAGGCGCGGCUCCUGCUGUGCACGUUUCACGUGCUGCAGGCCGUCUGGCGAUGGCUUCACAACGGCAAACAUGGCAUCGACAAGCAACACAGGCAGGCUAUCAUGGCACUAGCCAAACAGCUCGUGUACGCCAACAAUGAGGCGGAGAUAGCGACGACGAUGGAGCUGGUGGCUACCGAGUGGGGCGAGCGCUACCCACUGCUGGACCAGUACCUGCAGGGUUUCGCUGCCCGCCGUCAAGAGUGGGCGCUGUGUCUCCGCACGGAUGUCCCCACCCGGGGACACAACACGAACAACAUCGUAGAGUCCGCCUUCAGAGUCCUCAAAGACGCUGUCCUCUACAGGACUCGGGCGUUCAACCUGCUGCAGCUGUUUGAUUUCGUCACGGUCCAGCUCAGCAAGCACUACGCCAGGAGGGCGUGCGACGUGGCCAACGGCCGGCAGCGGGCGGCACCGGUCCGCGGCGGCACCAGCCAAGAAACGGGCACUGUGACGCAGGUAUUUUGCAUGACACGAGAACUGAUUGAGGUCACAUAA